GGUUCCAGUGUUGGUAAGUGGAUAAGAAAAAUUGACGCUGAAAAAAAUCACCGCAGGCCGCUGAAAAAUUAGAUUAUACGUGUUAAAACACCGUAAAAAAGCCAAAUAAAAACCGGCUUUCCAAAAUCUCGCCCCCUUUGGUUAUUGAAUUUUCAACUCGUGGAGGGAGAAUAUCGUGUUCGUAGAUUGUAAAACAAAUAUUAAAAAAACGGAGACUAAAGAAGGCACUAAAGUGAAACACCAAGAUGAGUGACUUCCAGACGCAGCAGGCCAGCAUUAGCCAAUCCCAGGCCCUGGCACAGGCGAUAGAGCGUGCCAAGCAGAUUGCAGCCAAGAUCCAACCGAACCAGCCCGUCGGACAGGUCGGACCCUCGCCUCCAUUUGGUGGACCCGGAUCGGGGGGUGGUGGUGGCGGCGGCGGCGGGGGUGGUUCCGGCUUCAAGCGCCACAAUGAUGACGGGGAUAGCGGACCUGAUUGCAAACGCUCCUUCGGCAGUCCAGACUACGGUCAAGGCAACAACUCCAACAUGAGCAGCGGAAGUGGAGGGGGUGGUGGUGGUGGAGGUGGAGGCGGUGGUGGAUCUGGCGGCGCCAGUAUGACCCAGGCGAUGGCUCAGGCGGCGGCAGUGGCAGCGAGAUUGGCAGCAUCCGCCGGCACCUCAUGUGAGGAGCAAAUUCGCGUCCCAGAGUCGGCCGCUAAUGGGUUCUGUGGCCGGGGAGCCAACGACACCAUUACCCACAUUCAGGCGGAAUCCGGCGCCAAGCUGCAAAUGAUGCAGGACCAGGAGCGCGUGAUCAUGCUACGCGGUCAGAGGGACACCGUGACCAAGGCUCGGGAAAUGAUCCAACAGAUGGCCAAUCGCGCAGGCGGUGGCCAGGUGGAGGUGUUACUCACCAUCAACAUGCCGCCCCCUGGACCGAGUGGUUAUCCGCCGUACCAGGAAAUCAUGAUUCCGGGCGCCAAAGUGGGUCUUGUCAUCGGCAAGGGUGGCGACACCAUUAAGCAGCUUCAGGAGAAGACCGGCGCCAAAAUGAUAAUUAUUCAGGAGGGUCCCAACCAGGAAGUGAUCAAGCCGCUCCGCAUCUCCGGCGACCCACAAAAGAUUGAGCAUGCCAAGCAGAUGGUACUGGACCUUAUUGCGCAAAAGGAUGCCCAGGCUCAGCAGCAGGGUGGACGAGGUGCUGCUGGAGGAGGUGGUCCUGGCGGACCUGGACUGGGCUACAACAACUUCAACAACGGCAACGGCGGCGAAAGCGUCGAGGUCUUUGUACCGAAGAUAGCUGUGGGAGUUGUCAUUGGAAAAGGCGGCGACAUGAUCCGAAAAAUACAGACGGAGUGCGGCUGCAAGUUGCAAUUCAUUCAGGGAAAGAACGACGAGAUGGGAGAUCGAAGAUGUGUGAUUCAAGGCACUCGGCAGCAGGUUGAGGAUGCCAAGCGAACCAUUGACGGGCUUAUUGAGAAUGUUAUGCAACGCAAUGGUAUGAACCGUAACGGAAACGGAGGCGGUAAUGGUGCCCCGGGUGGUGGCGAUACUGGAAACUCAAACUACGGCUACGGUUAUGGCGUAAAUCACGCCCAAGGUGGUCGGGAAGAAAUUACCUUCCUGGUUCCCGCUUCCAAGUGUGGUAUCGUAAUUGGACGAGGAGGAGAAACAAUUAAGCUUAUUAACCAACAGUCUGGAGCCCACACUGAAAUGGAUCGCAAUGCCAGCAACCCUCCCAAUGAGAAGCUUUUCAAGUCCAAGGGAACAACCGAUCAAGUGGAGGCCGCUCGCCAAAUGAUCUCCGAAAAGAUAAACAUGGAAUUGACAGUGAUUUCGCGCAAGCCGAUAGGUCCCAAUAAUGGUCCCAACAACGCCCACCACAAUCAACAGCAGGGCGGCUAUGGUGGUCCCAAUCCGAUGCAGGGAGGAGAUCCAAAUGCGGCCGGCGCCUACCAACAGCAACAGCAGCCAUGGGGUCCCUAUGGUCAGCAAGGAUGGGAUCCAUCCGGACAGCAGCAGCAACAGCAAAUGGCCAUGGCAGCCAAUCAGGGUGGAGCAGCUGCCGGAGGAGGAGCCGGUGGUCAGGACUACUCCCAACAGUGGAUCGAGUACUACAAGCAAAUGGGCUGCCACCGAGAAGCUGAGAUGAUUGAACAGCAGAUGAAGGCGAAACAGGCGGGCGGUGUUUCCGGGCCAGCCCAACCCCAGCCACAGCAGCCGCAGCAACAACAGCAGCAGCAGCAACCACAACAGCAGCAAUCACAGCAACAACAGCAGCAGGCUGGAAACGCUGCUGGAGGAGCGGACUACAGUGCCCAAUGGGCGGAGUACUAUCGCAGUGUCGGCAAAAUCGAGGAGGCAGAGGCCAUUGAAAAGACGCUGAAGAACAAACCGCAAAACGGAGCACCGGGUGGUGGCCAGGCCAGCACUCCGAAUCCCGGCCAGGGCGGUCCCAAUCCCGGCCAGCAACAACCCAACCCGGCUGCGGCAGCUGCUGCAGCAGCAGCGGCGGCGGCAGCAGCUGGCGGAUAUGGCCAAGGCAUGACGCCCAGCCAAUACGCACAGUAUUCGCAGUAUUACGCAGCUGCGGCUGCAGCUGGCGGGCAACCGUCGCAGGGAGCACCGCAGCCGGGUGGCGGGCAAGGUGGUCCUCCGGCUGGUUACCCAGGCGGCUAUCCUGGUGGCGGAUAUGGCGGGUAUCCUGGCCAGCAGCAACAGCCGAAAUCGCACAAAAACGAUAAACACUGAGAUCCCACGAUAGAAAUUAGGACAAGAGGGGGAGGAGCAACGGAAGCGGGAAGGAAAUGCAUGUGGGAGUGGAAGAAGAAGCCGAAGUGGACGAUGCUGCGUCCAAGUGGCGAUGCGGGUGCCUUGCAUGGGUGAUCUAUUGUUCUACUAUGUCCUAUGUCUUUUAUCCCCCAAAAAUAGCUUAACAGUUCAAACAAAAUGGCAUAAGCAAAUAAUUUAAAAUAGAACCUAAUGAAUGCAUCAUCGACGGAUAAAUAGACAGCACACGGAUGACGCGAUACGGAGAUGGAGACGGCGGCCAAAGAUCCCAGGUCCCUGGCGGAGUAGACGAUGAAGAGAAUCAAUCAGCCAAUCGAGUGGAUAGCAGAGACAAUGUCGCACCUUCGCAUUAUUGUAAAUUAUAUAAAUCACUCUGUCUAUUUGGAUAUUGCGUAUAAUUUUCCCCACUAGCCUGUAAGAAGUCUUUCCCAGAGAUCCUAAGUCUAUUACUAUAAUCUAUUCUAACAAAUUAAUAGAGAAAUAAUGUUCUGCAGUUCAUUAUCAUACUUUUCUCAUUUACACACACACACACUCUGAGAUUAGACAAUUGAAUCCGUUUUGGGUGUUUUGUUAUCCGAUCUGACAUACUACUACUGACAUCUAUCUGCAUACAUUUUUCGCAAAUAUUUAUUUUAUUCUUUUACUCAAUUUUACCGUCAAUUUAGGCAAAUCUUCCUGAACCGCAGUGGAUGUGUUUCUAUUAUGAAAAAGACAACAUUUGCGAGAGUUCUUAAUUGCAAUAACUGUAAUACUAUAUAUCUACCUAUAUCUAUAUAUUGUGGAAAGCAUAGAUGAUUAUGAUACAUUUUUUAUAAAAGUAGCCGAGUCCGAGUCUCUCGUGCGUAGCUUAGCUUAGUUAUAUAAUGCAAAAAAAAACCAAUUGAACAACAUGAUCAACGAUAUCGACUGGUCUGGUAAGAUUUUUUAAACUUGAACAUUGUAUAAAAAAAAAAACGAAUGUAAAAUCUUGAUUCUGCUGCAAUAUUUCGGUGCCCCUUGUUGAAUCUUAACUAUCUGACCUUUGCCAAUUAAUAUUUUCACCUUUCAGUUAAGGCAGUCUAUUAUAUUAUUUAUAUUAGCAUUAAGGAAAGCCGAAACUACUAUUCAUGAACUUACUACAGUUUUCUCAUUUACAAAUUUGGGCUAUUUUAUAUAGCAAUGUUUUUUGAAAUCUUUAUCACCAUUAUGCAAACAUAUAUAAGUAUGUACUUUCAGAGGCGGCUCGUCAGACCAGUUAUUCUUUAAAGAAUACCGAAAGCAAAACCCCAAAACUAAAUCACACUUUUAAAAAACGAAAACAUGAACAAAUUCAAACAAAGAUAUUGUCAAACUUGGUAAGAUCGUGUGUUGUUAUUACUGUCUAUAUAAAAUUAUUGAUACUGAAAAUCCAACAAUGAAUAUACUUACUCAAAUGAAUGUAGGUCUACCAUAAUAUAACAUACAAACAUAUAUAUAUAUAUAAAAGUAACUUUGGUAUAAUCUAAACUAAGUUUUACGUCUCCCACAAAAUAUCUGAUUGUUGCUACAGCAGAUAACCACCCAUAUUGUAACCGUUGGUCGGUGGGGCUGGCCCAGGUCGGAGUUUUUAUCCAGAUCCUGGUCCGUCCCAAGUUCGGCUUAGCAUUGAAUAAACAUUUAAUAUAUACCGUA